AUGCACUUGUUCAAAUACCUGGCGCUCACCGCGCUGUCCAUAGCCACAGUCUCUGCCAAAAAGGCCUCUCCAACCAAGUUCGACACCUACUUUUCCAAGCAAGCCAGCUCGGCCCCAUUCGAAAUCGACGAGAAGGGCUACAAUGACCUAACAACUGCACCUCGAGACUAUCACCUCGCCGUCCUUCUCACGGCCCGUGACGCGAGAUACGCAUGUGGACUGUGCAAAGAGUUUGACCCGGAAUGGAACAUUCUGGGCCGCAGCUGGCAGAAGGGGGACAAACACGGAGACCAUCGACUGCUCCUGAGUACCGUCGACUUCGACAAUGGCAGAAACGUUUUCAUGAAGCUUCAACUUCAGACUGCUCCCGUCCUUCUCUUCUUCCCGCCUACCGUUGGCCCGAACGCCAAACCAGACGCCCAACCUCUACGACUCGACUUUCUAGGCCCUCAGACCGCAGAAGGCGUCCACAGCUGGCUGCUACGACAUCUCCCGCCUGGACAAUAUCCUAAAAUCAAUAGACCGAUCAACUACACCAGGAUAGCUGUCACAGUGACUCUCCUUCUCGGAGCCUUUACUUUCCUGACCGUGGCAUACCCGUAUGUCAUGCCCAUCGUACAGAACCGCAACCUGUGGGCUGGUAUCAGUCUGAUCUUGAUCUUGCUCUUCACAAGUGGCCACAUGUUCAACCACAUUCGACGCGUACCUUAUGUCGCUGGAAACGGACGCGGCGGCAUCAGUUAUUUCGCGGGUGGGUUCCAAAAUCAGUUCGGGAUGGAGACACAGAUUGUUGCUGCCAUGUACGCUAUCCUCGCAUUCGCCGCUAUCAAUCUCGCUCUGAGAGUUCCACGGAUCAAGGAUGCCCGCACCCAGCAACUCGCAAUCAUCAUUUGGGCGACAGUUGUUUUCGGCAUGUACAGCUUCCUGAUGAGUGUGUUCAGAAUCAAGAAUGGUGGCUACCCUUUCUGGCUGCCGCCGUUCUAG